CCCAGUCGUCCCACUUCGCUCUUUUCUGUCUUGGCAACCCCCGCUCCUCGUGCAUAGACGGUGCUUGAAGUCUUGACUGGCUCUCUUCUCUCACCCGAUUUGGCUACGACAGUAACGCGGCCGGAUCACCCCGACGCACGCGAAUCCUUCCCUGCUCGACCGAGGCCAAAUCUGUGGUCAAAGAGGCAUCCAUGAGGACAGCGCCUCAUUAGAAAAAGAGAAGAGAGUGUGUCUGCGUGUCGGUCUCCGGGCAGCAGCGAGAUGGCGUCCGUCUAUGUCCCUCCCGCAAAGGGGACCGGGAGCGGGUACUGCACGGGCUCAUGCGCAACGCAGGACGACAAUCGACGCACGUACCUGGCAGGAUACUUCAACGCCCACAUGCUCAGCGUCCCCUCGCAGCGCUACCUCUACCUCACCUGGAUCGUCAUGGCCGCCAUCCUCGUCUUUGCCGCCCUGCUCCAGCACCUCGGCCUCGUCGACCAGACGUGGAUCGGCGCCGCCUGGAACCGGUGGGCGAUCAAGAGCAGGGUGGUCAAGCUGGGGAAAAAGUCGGAUCCAGAGAAGAGGGCAAAGGAGGAGGAAGCCCGCACCGCGAAUCUCGGCCUCUCGCUGCCCCCCAAUGUGGCGGCACAGGUCCUCAACACGUCGGCCCCGCAUCGGCAGGGCGUGCCGACGAAGCGAAAGAUCUUUACGUUUCCCAGUUUUGGGCGCAUGCUUCUCCUGGCCGCCCUCGUCAUUGUCCCCGUCAUCUUUACCUUUGUGGGCGCAGACUACAUCCGACCCUCGGCCGGCAUGUUUGACCUCUCCGAGAGCUGGCCCAACAACAGCCUGCCCGUCAACACCCAGGGCCUGUACCGAAGGCUCCAAUGGGGCAUCGGCCAGUACCAUCCCGUCACCACGACGGCACCAUCGCUGACGCUGCCCUACCGGACCUGGUGGACUGCCGGCGGCCGCACGGGGGCCAUGACCAAUGCACUGACGCCCUUCAUCCUCGUCACGGCCCUUCGGCAGGUGCCGUUCGCCAUCUUUUCACUCAAGAUCUUUGGUGGCUAUGGCUUUGACCGGCUCAGCUUCAUGCACAAGUGGGGUGGCAGGGUGCUCUGGGCCUUUGCCACCGCACACGUCGUCCUCUGGAGCGUCCAGCUCGACAAGGACCAAGCCUUUGGCACCAACAUUUGGGCCUUUGUCUUUCUCUGGACCAGAUUCCGAUGGGGCUUUGUGUCCUACAUCUUCUUCACCCUUCUCAUCCUCCUUUCCAUCAGCCCAAUGCGGUCCCGAUACUACGAAAUCUUCUAUGUCGUCCAUGUCAUCUGCGUCAUCGGCUUCAUGGUGGCCGCCUGGCUCCACCACCCUCCGCUGGGUGCUUGGAUGUGGGCCACGCUCAUCUACUGGGCCGCCGAGCGUGUAUGCAUGGCCACGAGAACGGCCUGGAUCAAUGGCCUGGGCUUUGCUGGACGCAAACCUCAAUUUGCCGUUGCCGCCUCUGACUCUGAUGGCUCCUUUAAUCUGUCGCACCAGGCACAUCGCAACAGCGAAAAGGGCAGCUAUGGCUCAUCGGCAACGAGGUACCACAGCCACAAUGCCCACGGCGGCCAAUUCUCUACCGCCUCGUCCCAGACGAUGCACGGCGAGUCGUUUAAGACGGCCUCACCGGUGCCUCCCCUGCCCCAUCAAGGAGCCACGCUGGCGCCCUCUUCGGCAGAGGGCCCUGGAGCCUGGCAACACGACGAGUUCGGCGAUUCGAAACGCCGCCUGACAUCGAAUAGCGCGCGCUACGACCCCGUCAUGGACGUCAUCGACAGCUACAAUCCGGCAGACGCGCCACACGCCGCCACGAGGGCGACUCUCGGGCAAGAGUCCUCGGGACCUGUUCGAUACACCCUCGAAGACCAAGCUGGGGUUGCGACCGACAGGCCGCACAGCAUGGCCGACCACUACGCGCAGCAUAGCCAUGACUCACACCACACCAGACACAUGACGAGCGACACGAUGCCGAUCCCCAGGAGGGGUCCAAGACCUGCGAUGCCCGCAGAUGUGGCCGCCCUCAUCAAGCCAGGGUUUGCUUUCGUGCAACUGUUGCCCGGGAAAACGCUGCGCUUGACACUUCGAACGCCAAACCGAAUUUCUUGGGCGCCUGGCCAGUACAUUAACCUCAACGUGCCUGCCGUUCGUUUCUGGGAGAGCCAUCCAUUCACGAUUGCUUCAGCCUCCAACAUCAAUUACCCCGUCUCCACGGCCGAUGAGGAGUCUGCCCAACCGCUGGCAAAGGCAAGGGGAGAGGAGAGGACGAUUGUCCUGCUGCUCCGAGCCAGAAAGGGUUUCACCCUUCACCUCUGGAACCACGUCUUGCGGACGAGAGAAGCGCAGAUCCAAGCGGCCGCCGAGGUCGUCGGACCCAAUGGCGUACGCAAGACGACGACGGGUGUACACCUGCGCGCCAUCGUCGAUGGUCCGUAUGGGUCAAGCCAGAGGACCCGGUGGGGUAUUCACUCGACCGUCGUCAUCAUCUGUGGUGGCUCCGGAAUCAGCUUUGGCAUGUCGGUGCUCGAAUACCUCUGCGCGGCCAUGACGGGCGCGACAAGGCGGGACAGCAAGUUUCAGACGCAGAGAAUCAGGUUCGUCUGGAUGCUUCGCGAGUUCUCGCACCUGCAAUGGAUCGCAUCGGCUUUACGCAGGUGCAUCGAGAUGGUCUCGCCAGAACAGCUCCUCGUCGAGCUCUAUGUGACGCACUUUAACAACUUGGCAGCCCCGGCCCGAGCAAGAGGAGCCCCAUUGACGCAUUACGAGCUCUCACCGCCACGAACGCCCUUUGCGCCAUCCACACCUUCUUCCUUGCCCGUCUCGCGCGAUGACCUGACCUUGUCGAUGCACGGGGACGCAAUCCACCCAGGCGGCGGCUUUUCUUCCGACGGCGCCUACCAACAGCAGGCCCGCUUCACCGAAGGUCCCGAGCAGGAAGAGUACGAAUACGAUGCGCACGAUCUCACACAGUUCGAAGGCGAAGACUACAGCGUACCGUCGGCGGCCGAGAGGGACAUCAAUGAGAGACUGCGAAAGGAGGGCAAACUUAGAAGAGCGGCGACGAGAAAGGCGACGAUGAAGCGCGCCGGCCGGGGCAAGGGAGCGAGUCGCAUGCAGUCUGCAAGUCCGUCGCAACAGCAGCAGCAGCAACAACAACAACAACCACAACAACCUCUGUCAUCACCGGCUAUGCAGAUGGCCAGUCAGAGGGCGAUACACGACCAAGAAGUGCCACUUGACCCUCUCAAUGCUGCUGCUGAGGAGCGUGACCUGGGCGAUCGGUCCAUAGGCAUCCAUUCUCGUCAGCAGUCUCGAGCUGACCCAUCUAGCGCCGACACGUUCUACUCGCGCAACCAGCUCAUGCCGCCUCCUCACCAGCUUCCGCCAUUUGGCGACUACAGCGGCACGUCGACGCCCUAUAUGGAGCCGUCUUCCUCCACACUCACGCCUGGCGAUGUGACGCCCUCCUCCUGGGACAUGAGAUCCAGGACACCAGAUGGCCGUCACGCGUACGUCUCUGGCGCCAUGACCCCACCCGCCUCCGAAUUUUUCCACGGUGACGCUUCAUCCACUGCAAACCUAGUCGUCGGUCCCGGUGGUGGCCAGGAGAAAUUCCACGGUGGCGCUGAGCUGCAAACGAAUCUGUCGCACCUUGACGCACCCAUCGACCUCGAUGUUCACGAGGAUAUGGACCUGCGCGUAGUGGCCGAGCUUGCCCGGCCCGGCUACCCCAAGCUGGACCGCAUCAUACGGCAAGAGGCUCACAACAGCGCAGGCAGGGUGCUGGUCGCCACUUGUGGACCUCAGAGUCUGGGCACGCUCGUGAGGAGCCUCGUGGCAAGGCAGAUUGACCCCAGCAGGGUCCGAAAGGGCGACCUCUCGGCACAGAUCAAUGUUGUUACGGAGAGCUACGAAUGGGGCGGCUGAUGAGCCAGCUCUUCUCACUAUCCUUUCUUCCCGCUUGAACGUGAGCCUCUGUGCGAAAGGCUUUCUGUAACAUUGUAUAUGGACAUUUUUCUCUCUCAGCACGACGUAUUGUAGAUGUGUGAUCUUCCGCUCAAGGCAGGAUUUCCCAUCGUGUCACAUUC